GCUAUGGAUAAUGGUUAACCGCAAAAUAUAGGUGUGGUUAACUACAAAAUUUGGGGCGGGUAACCACACUCGCCCAAUUUCCACCCUGGUAGAUUGAUUGUAAAGAGUAGUUGCUACCAGCCCAUGUGGCUACCAUCUAUUGGUCCAAAUUAAUUUAAUUAAUUAUUAAAUGCUAAUUGUGUUUAGACGGGACGGAGAAGUGGAACUUGACAGAUUCGUUUGGACAAGACAUGGGACGGAGAUGAAGUGGAUACAUGUGUUUCUCAAAUGUUUCUUUUAUGUAUUUUUAUUUUAAUUUGCACCACAUGUUUGGAAGAAAAGAAGAGAUCAUGCCCUUUGCUACAGCUAGGCUUUCAAUUGGGGAUUGAGGAUAGACACACAAUGAUUUCAUAAACACAUCAGAAAUCUCUCAAUGUAGACCACAAACACGAUAAAACAAAUCAAAAAAGCAUAUAAGAAACCUUCUAAUGCAAACCACAAAUCCUCUAAAACAUACAAGACAACCCCAUAAAGCAAACCACAAAAAUUUCUAAAGCACACCAGAAACCUCAUAAUCUGAACCAUAAACACCGUAAAGAAAACCACAUAAAGAAACCAGAAACGUCAUAAUGAAGACCACAAAUUUAUUUAAACAUAACCAGAAACCUCACAAAACAAACCACAAAAUUUUCGAAAGGUCACCAGAAACUUCUUAAUGCAAACCAGAAACACGAUAAAGUAAUCCACGAAAGGCAUGGAAAAAAUAUGAGAAACCAAACCAUAAAUCUCAUAAUGCUGACCAUGAUAUCUGGUGAUCGUUGACCGAUCAAUGAAGACCGUUGACCAAACUCCGAUAACCGCCAAUGACCGAAGCUCGACGCCGUUAAGCAUAUUCCGGCCCCGAUAACUAGAUUCCGACGCCGGUAAGCAUAUUAUGAUCACGACGCCUGUUGGAGAAUUCCGGCGACAGAAAGCAUAUUCGGUGACCGACGGUCGGACUCCGGUGACCGGAUUCCGGCGAACGAAAUUUUGGACAGAAAAUAAAAAAAAAUAUUUUUAUAAAUUUUAUUUUAUAAUUUUAUUUUAUUUUUUGUUAUUAUUUAAACAUAAUUUUCAUAAUGAAUUAUACGCUUUCUUUGAUUUUACACUAGGUCAACUUAACUAAUAAAAAGUCAUCAGAACUCUAACUUCUUAUUGGUUGGAGACUAAUAUUGUUACCCUAACAAUAAAAUAGAUAGUGUUAUACUAUCUAGUUCCUUUGUUUUUUAUGGUAUAUUUGGGGGGAAAAUUCGAAUUUGUGGGACACCAAAUUAGUAUAAAAAAGAUUAAAAUUUUAAACAAGUAGCUGUCGGGGAACGGGACCGGGACCGGGACCGGAAAUGAGGUUUCGUUCAAGAAACGGAGUCGAAGUCGGAGGCAGAGGGAUACUUCCCCGAAGGUUCUGGAACGAAGACCGGCGUCAGGUUUCUUCCAGUCACUUCUUUAACCUCACUUUUCUUUUAUUUAUUUUCCCUUCGCUCCUAAACCAGAUUAAAAUUUUCUGCCUGCGAGAAAUUCCGAUUCUUUCCCUCUGUCUCCUUUCUGGGCUCCGAUCUAACCAUUGGGAUCGGCAUUGGGUUAUCGCGCCGACCUGCGAUAAACGAAGGAGGUAGAGAGUAUGGAGAACGGAGAUUUGAGGAAGGAGGAAACGCAGCAAGGAUCUUCUUAUACGUAUUGGGUGAGGGAAGCCACGGCGGAUGCCGCUCCCGUCCCUGUUCCAAAGAAGCUCUCUGUUGAAGACGUUGUCUCUUCUCAACCUAAGUCUACCCCCCUCGGGUCUGUCUGGAAUCGGGCAGGAACUUGGGAGGAGAAGAACCUUAAUAAAUGGGCGAGUGAGAGAAUAAAGGAGCUACUUACAUCAGUGGGAACCUUGGACUUCUCUGGUGGCAAAGCAGAAAUCAAAGCAGUUUCAAAAUGUUCCGGCGAUGCUUUCUUGGUCACUGUGAGAAACAAGAAGCGUGUCGGCUAUACUUAUGAAUUAACUUUAGACAUCAAAGGAGAGUGGACUAUUGAAGAGGAAACCAAAACAAUAAGAGGAUCGGUUGAUAUCACAGAGUUCUCCUAUGGCGAGCUGGAUGAUUUGCAGUUUGAGGUUCGGCUGAGCGACACAAAGGACAUAUCUCAGCAGAAUAAGCAGCGAAUCAACAGAGACGUGAAGUCAUUUUUGGAGCCUGUGCGAGAGAAACUGCUCCAAUUCGAGCAGGAACUGAAGGAUAGGUAGUGGGAGCAAAGCACCCAAAAGGAGCCAUAUUUGCGACUAAAAAAGUGUAUGAUAGUAUGCUGAGACCAAUCUUCAUUUUCUCCCCUGUUUCAACUGAGACCCAAUGGACUUGUUUAUAGCAGUAGCCGUGUUAAGGCAGUUUUAACAUUCACUUUGGCCACGAGACUCUCUGAUUAAGUGUUUGAUGAAUUGGGAUGUGUGUGUUCUCAGGUUUCAGUUAGUGAACAACUAGAAUUUUGUCUGCCUUGUUUUGUUGUAUGCUCUCGAAUUGCUUUCUAUUUUUUUACCACGUACUACUCGGGUCCCAGAAACGAAAAACGAAAACUACACUGCUGUAGUUUUUUCAGGAUUUGAACUUGCAUCUUCGAGAAGUGGACUAGACUAGUAGUCGAUCAUCCUGCAAUGUUUGCAUUUUCCACAUCAUAUGUGUACAUAUGCUAUAUCACCACGUCGUUGCCGGUUGCCUCCCCUGUACUAUACGUAGCUGUCUUUCUACAGUUGAUAGGUAGGCCGGAAAGGCAUCGAAGGAGGUGUCGUGCGCCAUCGUGGACAUCCAGGUCCCAAAAAGGUUAGCAUUGCCUUGUUUCUUCUGUACUCUUUCUUCGUCAUGUGACGCUAAACAACCUGAUCUGGUACAGGGAAUAGCUGAUGUCUUUAUCCACAUGAUCCCUUUUUGUGCUUCAGUGACUUGGACUCUUGAGCCUCUUCAAGUUCAGGUAAGUAGACUGAGAGUACAAAAAUGGCUUCUUGUUCUCAUCGAACACCUUUGGAUUGACAGUACAGCGUCAUUUUUGUCAGAGCAUUCCACCAUUUGCCGAUUCCUUCCCCAGCCAUACCAACCAACAAUUUUUCCAGCUUUGGCGCUUUGCUGUGAUACCCUGUUCCUCUUUUUUUUCCCCCUCGAACUUCACAAAGAUGUCAAUAAUACACCACAAUUUUAUUUUGCCCUGUUAUCUAAUAGCCUCGACGAUGGAUGAAGAACCCAAGAUCCCAAAAGACAGCUUUUUUUAAUAUAUGGAGAGAAUCCAGCCGCCCGCCAUUGAUUCCUAAGGUACCAACCUGACCCUACAGCUUGGCUUAAAGACACCAUCAUUGAAGCAGGCGUCUUGUUCGUGUUGGCCUUUGUAGAACGUUGUGCUGCUUACUGAGUUUCGAAUGCGGUUAAAAACAGAGUAUUCCUCUGCCUUUUAGCGGGCAGAUAACAAUAACAGCACGGCGACAAUUUCACGAAAUGUUAACAAGUUGGCCUAGAAUUGAAAUUACCAGCUAGAUGUCCCUGAUCUAUCUCGUGUGCUUCGCGAGCAGCAUAAAAUAGGAUGUGUCUUGCUUGCAUUUCUUCCUGGUCGGUUCCAUUUUCUCGUUUUUAACUCGUUCUAUCUCAAUUUUCAUUUCGUGUAACUCGCGACCAUCCAAAUUCGCAUGAAAUCACGCACCGUUCACCCUGCCCUUACAUGCUCAGUCUGACUUCUCCAUAGACAAAUGUCGUAAUGGACCCAUCUGCAUCGACUUUGUCCACCGCUCUAAUCUAAACCACCCUUAGCAUGAGACAUAUAUGGAUAUUAAAGUACCCACCCCGCCCCGCAUGUAUCUUUCCUCGAAUGUGUUUUUUGAACUUCAGGAGAAGGAAGGAAAAAAAUGCAUUGGAAACAU